GUGUUCGCCGCGCAGUAGAAGGAAGAAGAAGAAGAAGAAUCUGUCUUCAUAAACGUUAAACCUUUUUCAACCGCCCUCGCCGGACCACCGUAAGCGCCACCGCACCUUCCACCUUCGCAGUCAAACAAAUUGAGGGCUCAUAGUGACAUAUUGAAUGGCUGCAACAAGGACUCGAGUUAGUAGCUUUUCUCGCAAUGUAUCAACUGUAACGUCUCAGAAUUCAGGACUCAAGCACGGCCCUAAUGGGACAACAUUCCUAUCGUCUGGGAUUCCAGAUCUCGACAAGAUUUUAGGUGGUGGUUUUUCUCUUGGUAGCCUUGUCAUGAUUAUGGAAGAUGCAGAAGCACCUCAUCAUAUGCUUCUAUUGAGAAAUUUGAUGUCUCAAGGACUUGUACAUAAACAGCCACUGUUGUAUGCUAGUGCUUCAAGAGACCCUAAAGGAUUUCUUGGUACUUUACCUGCUCCAGCCCCAGCCAAAGAGGAUAAAAGUCAAGAUCUUACCAAUGAAAAGGAUUUGAGAAUUGCUUGGCAAUACAAGAAGUACUUUGGUGAUCCACAGUCAAAUAUCAGCUCUAAUAAUGGUGCCCAACAUGAUUACUGCAAUGAAUUUGACUUGCGGAAGCCUUUGGAUAGACAUUUUUAUAGUGGCAUGAAUGUAGAUUGUGUCAGCAUCCAAGAUUCUCCAAACCUUGCUUCUCUUCAAGAUCAGUGUGCUAAAUUUCUAUCUCAAUUCUCAAGAAGUGAAGCCAAUAUUUCCUCCGCUGGCCGUAUUGCAAUUCAAUCAUUCUGUUCUCCACAAUGCAAAUACGCAAACAUGGAGUGGCAUAUGCUUUCCUUUAUUAGGUCCCUAAAAGGCAUGGCACGAUCUUCAAAUGCUGUUGUUGUUGUAACAUUUCCACCUUCACUUGUUUCUCCAUCUUGUUCAAAAAGAUUGCAACAUAUGGCAGACACCUUGCUUUCUGUCAGAGCAAUUCCAGAUGAGGACAAGGAAAUGGCAAAACUUCUCACUGGUUACCAAGACAUGGUUGGACUGCUUAAUAUACAUAAAGUUGCACGGUUAAAUACACAGGUUCCCGUGAUUCUCGAGGCCACAACAUUCUCAAUAAAAUUGCAAAAACGAAGGUAUUUGGUUCUAGAAUGUCUAAAUCAAGCCCCGGUUGACGGUUCAAGUGGGAGUUCAUAUAACACAUCUGGUAGUUGUUCUGGGUCAACUAAAGCUGGGUCACUUGAUUUUUAGGAUGUACCUUAUAAAUACUUUAAUAUCUGUCAACCAAAAUACCCUAGCAAUAGUUUAGUCUCACUCUAUAUCUUUCUCAGCCUUUUGGCCAAGCUCAAGCGUAGUUAAGUAAGGUUUUUCUUAGCUCAUGAAAUGUUGCCAUCUUGUAUUCUUUUUGUUGCUUCUUUCUGUGUUAUUUUGAUAAUCAAAGGGUUUUAAGCCCUAAAUGAAAUUUUAUAUUAGUAUUUGUGAA